AGAAGUUGACGCCCACACAGACCACUUUCUCUCCCCACAUACUUCACUAAUCACUAUUCACUGCUGUGCCUGUGCGAAGACCACAAUGUGUCCGUUUUCUUGCAAUAAUCAAACUUCACGAGCACUAUCUCCCUAGAUUCCUUUCUCUUGCUGGAUCGAAGAAUAAUCAUCACCCUCGCAUUUAAUUACAUCACCUUUUUCGCAUUCUCCACUUUCCCAAAUCUCCUAAUCGAUUAAAGACGAUAUCAGGAUCAAACUUCGAGAAAAAAAACCCCCAAAACCAUUGUCUCCGAAUGCCCAAAUUUUAUCCUAACUGUAACUCCUGAUGUUUUCAUCAAUGGAGAACGCCGUUAAACCCUUGAGAAAGAAAACAUGGUUUCUCCCUUUGAUCUUGUCUCUCCUCACUUCAUCAAUCCUCGUAAUUUUCUCCCUGUUCUUCACUUCAACUUCGAAUCCUUUUCAUCAAACCCCUUUAAAGUCCAAAACCCAACAAAACCCAGUUUUUGUUGAAUCAAAACUGUACAUCUCACCCACGAAACCGGUUUCAUCCAUACCGAAACUUGCGUAUUUGAUCUCGGGUUCGAGUGGUGAUGUUGAGUCGUUGAAAAGGACGCUCAAGGCAUUGUAUCAUCCAUUGAAUCAGUACGUUGUGCAUUUGGACCUUGAAUCUCCCGCUGAAGAACGAUUGGAGCUGGUUGAUUUUGUGAACAACGAGGCUGUGUUUCAAGAAGUGGGUAAUGUCAGGGUGGUGUCUAGGUCUAAUUUGGUAACUUAUAGAGGACCUACUAUGGUUACGAAUACGCUUCAUGCUGCUGCGAUUUUGUUGAAGGAAGGUGGUGAUUGGGAUUGGUUCAUCAAUUUGAGUGCCUCUGAUUACCCUUUAGUCACCCAAGAUGAUUUGCUUCACACAUUUUCAACUGUGCCUAGAGACCUAAACUUUAUCGAGCAUACAAGUGACAUUGGUUGGAAAGAAUACCAAAGAGCAAAACCUGUUAUAAUUGAUCCAGGGCUAUAUAGUCUUAAAAAAUCAGACGUAUUUUGGGUCUCCCAAAAAAGAAGUGUUCCUACUGCUUACAAGCUCUUCACAGGUUCAGCAUGGAUGAUGCUUUCAAGACCCUUUAUAGAAUACUGUUUAUGGGGAUGGGAUAACCUUCCAAGAAUUGUUCUUAUGUAUUAUGCAAACUUUCUUUCAUCUCCAGAAGGCUAUUUCCACACUGUAAUCUGCAAUGCUGAUGAAUUCAAGAACACAACUGUAAAUCAUGAUCUUCAUUUCAUUUCAUGGGAUAAUCCACCAAAACAACACCCCCAUUUUCUCUCCAUUGAUGAUUAUCAAAGAAUGCUGGAAAGCAAUGCCCCUUUUGCAAGAAAAUUUGGUGAAGAUAAAGAAUUGCUUGACAAAAUUGACUCUCAACUUCUUGAAAGAGAACCCAAUGGCUUUGUCACAAGAAGUUGGUUGGAAAGAAGUGAUACAAAUAGAAGCAUAGCUGAAAGCAUAGCCAAGAAUGUAACUGAAUUAAAACCAGGUCCUGGAGCUGAAAGGAUUAAGACACUUAUAGGUGGUAUGCUUUCAGACAAAGAUUUUGAUGCAAAACAUUGUGUCUGAUAAAAAGAAUGCUUAAGAUUGUAUGUAUGCAGUAUGCUCUCCAAGAUGAAUUCUUCUUGGAAUAUAUUACUGAAAAGAUAUCAGAUUUAAAUAUAUAUAUAGAUAUAUUAGAUAUUAUUAGCUCAAAA